GCAAAUCCACUCCUGCACAAGUCCAAACAAGCCCACACGGAUUGCCCAAGCUUCUGGCUCAAUCCCAAGAGCCAACCAGCCCAUCGGUACACCCGGGUCUCCCACAUGGCCCGACCACUGUCCAGACCCGGCCCAACUGCCCAUGACUUGAACACUCAGUCCAGCUGAGUUGAGCUGAUCCCCAGCUGCCCCUUCUGAGUGAGUGUUUGAUCGGAAAACGGUGAUAAAAGGAUGUGGGUUUAACAAAGACGUUUUAUUAUGGUCGGAAGAGACGUUCAGUCGGUUACAAGAGAAGUAAAGAGAAUGCGACAGAAGAGAAGCCGGCAACUCGAUGAGCUACCGGAAAAGUACAGAUAACGGCAAGAUGAAGCAAAGGUGAAAACCCUAAUCUAGCCGCCAGGUGUUAGUCAGAUGAUUUCGGAUCCCCUUCUCGUUUCUCUUCCUUCUCCUUAUAUAGUCCUCUGAUGUGUCGUUCUUGACCUAGCUUAAGUCGUCUUCGUGGGCCUUCUUUAUUGGGCCGAGAGGCCCGCAUUCGUCCGAGCGGUCGCUGAGCUGUGUGCCUUUUAGUCGGCGUCGCUCGACUUGAGAUACUGUAGAGGCAAGCCGAGUAAUCAACCGGUUUAAGCUGACUAUUCGAGCCAUCGCUUUCCUUGGUCUGGGCCGGGCCUUAUAUUCCUUGGGCCUUGUGGGAUGAUUAAAUCCAUCCUCUACAGUAAGUCCCCCCAGUCCAUCGGUGAGCGGAGAGUCGACAAGCUCAUGAUGGAUUCUGGAACUCGAAGGUUCAAAGGAAUAGGAGUCCUGUCGGGAGAUUGAAACGAUGGGUCGAUGAGUCGCGGGGAAGGCUGCGGUAAUGCCUUCUCUCGAAGUCGUUGAGUCGCAGGGAAGGCUGCGAUAAUGCCUUCUCUCGGAGUCGUUGAGUCGCAGGCUCCCAGAUUUUGAUCGGUAAAUCCUGGCUAAUUUACCGGUUUAACCGAUCUUAGGAUAACCGUUUGGUUAAUUAAGAUAAGAAGCCGGAAAGUCGCGGGAGUCGAUGGGGUUUUUGGGGGAAACUCGAGGCCCGUUUAGGCCCAUUUAGGUUUAAUAAUGAUGCCUCGAAUCUUUCCCCCUUUUUCCCUUCACGAGUGUCUCGGGGAGUCAAAACGCCACGAGGGUCCGCUGGGUAUUUAGGGGGAAUUUCGAGGCCCAUUUAGGCCCGAUUAGACCUAAUGAUGAUGCCUCGAACUCCUCCCUCUCUUCUCCUUAUAAAUAUGCGGAUCCCCUUUCAUUUCUUUAAGUUUCUUCCGCGAUCAAAGGUACUUUCUCUCUCCUUCCUUUAUCUCUCUAAGUGUUGUAGCCUUCGUUCGACGCGAUCUUCAUUAUGUCAUCGGUUCCGAGAUUAUCGAGGCAACAGAAAGGAAAAUCGGUUGCGGCGACGUCGACGCCGGCAAGGAAUCCCGACGGAGGUCGUCUCGGGGAUCUUGAAUCUACCCACCAUGCGGCGAUGAUGGACACCGCCAAUUUGUCUCGUUCCCAAAGGCUCCUGGUCGCAGAUGCCACGAGGCUUGCGAGGGAAGGGAAUGAGAACGUCGCUGUUAGAGACGCGACGGAGUGUGCGAGAGACGGGCAGAGCGGGGCGAUGCCUGUCGACUCGGUUACUUUGAGAGCUCGCCCUAUGGAGGGCGAUCCUCCUGAAAAUGACGAUCCCGAAGCUGAGUUAGUCCCGACGACCUUCUAUCCCGACGGGAUUUUCGAGGAGCUUCCGAGACUUCUACCCGACCUGCUUCGCCCUGCCUUCGUGGCUGGUCAAGACUGGGAGGGUGUAGAAGAGACUAAAUCGACCCCGAGGAGCGUGAAGAAGGUUCUUCGAUCCAAGGGCGCUACGGGCGUAACUUUCCUUAUCCCCACGAAGGAGCAGAGACCUUGGUCUCCUCCGAUCGGAUAUCAGACGGUAUACGAGUCUUACUUCCAGGAGGACACUCGCUGUUGGUUCCCGAUCCCGCGACUAAUCACUGCGUACGCUAGGCGGCGAGACAUCGCGAUUAGCCAACUAUUGAAUGGCUCGCUGCGACUGGCCGUCACCUUAUCGGUUUUAGCGGAGCAGAUCGAUAUGCCGAUGAGAGUCAGAUCUUUCGAGGAGAUGACCUCGAAAACCGACAUGAAGGACGGGACCUACUCGGUGAAGAUGCGACCAAACUGUAACGUAUGCGCCGGCCAUCCGAACAAGACGCAGAAUUGGCAGCGCUCUUACUUUUUUCUUAAAUCCGACGACUCAGCUUUCGAGGAGCCUCCUCGGGAGGACUAUCGGGUUCUUUGGAACCGUUCCUGUGGUAGAGUAUCUUGUCGCGAACUGCGUCUGACUUGGUUGUUUUUAAUGAGAUUCUCCUUUUCUUUUGUUCGCAGUUGGCCAUCCUACGUCUUCCGUCUACCCCGAGGAUUUCUUGAAGAGCGUUCAAGCCGUCGCUUUGCUUAGAAUCUACCGUUGGUCCGAGAUCACCGUCGAGAAGACCUACGAGUUUAAAGAUCGAAUUGCUCGAAGAGGGUGGAGGUCAGAUCUUCCGACAGCUCUUCCUAUUCGCAAGAAGAGACUAGAAAUUUUCCCAAGAGAUAUCCAGAAGCAAGUCACCGAGGCAAAGAGAAUGGGAACUCUUCCAGACUUAAGCGCGAUGCUAGCUGCUCAACUGGGACUGGCUAGCGGGGGCGGCCCCUCGACGGCUGUUCCUCGUGCUGGCGAGAUUCCCCCUUCCGAUGCUGCAAAUGCGGGAAAAGGUAGGAAGAGGAAGAGGGGUGACUCGGGAAUCGAGGGGAGUGCUGGGGAGGCGAGUGGCGUCCCCCUUUCCGGUGAUCCUCAGAAGAAGAAGAAGAGGAGGAAGAAGACCAAGAGGUCUGUUGAGGUUCAGUCGGAGGAUCCCGAGGAGCCAACUGGAGCUGAGGAGGAAGAAGAAGAAACCCAACCUGAAGAGGAGGUUUCUGAGGCUGAAGUCUCGAGAGAGCGAGACGAAGCGGGGGAAGCAGAUGGAUCUGAGGCCUCCCUUAACGCCGCCGUCCCGGACGGUUCCGAUGAAAAUAGCGGAGAAUCGCCGCUUUUGAUGAGGAGGCACAACGAGGAGAUCGACGAUGAAGUACGAUCUCCUACUUUGGCGUUUCCUCGCGAGGGAACCCCGGCUAUUACUGGGGUUGGGGCCGUUCAGAUCGGCACGUCUCCUCGCGGCUCUGCUGUCUUAAGGAGGGCUCCCGGGAUUAACUUUCCGGACAAAGUCUCCUUCCACUACGAGGGGCCGGCCCCUCUGGCGUAUGUUCCUGAGAGGUGUGGGGAACUUCUUCGCCAACUCAGGGGGAGGGCGAAACCUCUACCUGCCGUGAAGGACCUCAUCUUUGGGAGUGAAUACGAGGAGGCUGCGAGGGCAAAGCUGCUGGGAGACGGCGCGAUGAAUGUCGUAAUUGACAAAUACGACACUGCCCUGAAAGGAGUCUCGACUGAACUUGAGCUGGCCAAGAAGGAGCACGCGGAGAAAGAGGAAGCUUCUGCUCGUCAGCUAAGUACAUCAAAGGCUAACGUUGAGAGGCUCAAUGGGAUGGUCACCCGCGCGAUGGCUUGAAGAGACGAACUCAAGGCCGAUCUGGUGGCGUCUCGCGGG